AUGGCGCUGUAUGGGGCGCCAAUAUGGGCGGAUAGGCUCUCGGAGCGCAACAGCGCCCUACUCAGGCGGCCUCAGCGAGUAGCAGCACAACGCACCAUCAGGGCAUAUUCAACGGUGUCCCAUGCCGCAGCGUGCCUCCUAGCUAAUACCCCUCCGUGGGAGCUUGAUGCUCAGGUACUGGCGGAGAGGUACCAAAUGAGGGCGGAGGUGAGGGCGCGGAGAGAACGCGUAGACCCCGAAGAGUCGGAGCGAGUGCUACGUCAGGCAGAAGAGAGGCUCCUGGAACGAUGGAAGGAAAACCUGGAGGACUUGCCCUAUGGUACCCGCACCAUUGGGGCACUCUUUUCAUCGUUCCGGGAAUGGAUAAAGCGGAAAAGAGGUGUGCUAUCAUACCGGCUGACCCAGGUGGUGCUUCGGUCACUACCUGCACAAAAUUCAACGGGAGCCGAGUCCGGUCUGUCAUGA